AUGUUAGCUGUUCUAGUUUCCGUCCUGAUAGUCGUCCUGGAUUCUUACAGAUGCCAAACGCUUUAUCCCAGCAAGCAUAGAUUUCAUGGGUCCGAUGACAUUGGUAUUCUCAAAACUGCACUUAGUGAUUUACAGCAGCUUGUGACAAGUCAAGCUAUGAAAAUGGAAAUUCUCGAAAAAGAGUUGAAACUUUCUAAGGAGAUCAUCGCCUUUACCGCUGUAUUAAACUAUAAUACUUCUAUAUCUGAUUUGAAAAAAGGACAGAGAAUCAUUUUUAAUGGGGUAAUCACUAAUUUGGGAAAUGCAUACAACGACAAAACAGGAACAUUUCAUUGUCCAACAACAGGAUUAUAUGGAUUCUAUUAUAAUCUCCACACUCUACGUGACAAGUAUGCUAUGGUAGCUCUGACGAAAAAUGGUGACGGGAACUACGCUUACGCAUUCUCUGGAAAUCAUUCAUCCGGAGAAUCAGAUGGCAGCACCUUUGUUGUGCUAUCACUGAUGAAAGGAGACAGAAUUUGGCUGAGGGCAAAUAAGGAUUGCUCAACAGGCGAGGUGUUGAAAUACCAAGUGAAUACAUUUUCUGGAUUUCUUCUACACGCCUACUAGUUUUAUUACUGUUUUCCCCUAUAUU